GCAAAAUGGAGCAUGCCUGGAGAGGGCAAUUUUACGGGUUCAAGCCCGAAUUAGGUUGCGAUAAAGGGGAUUUUUACCGAAAAAUAAAUGGAAAUUUGUACUUGUGGUCGUAACAAUAAUUAGACGGGUGACAUUGACGAAUAAAAUAGGUAAAAUUUUACGAAUUAAAAAAUCAUGAGUAGACGAUUGCGCAUUGAGGAGGAAAAAGUCAAGCAGCUCAAAGAUGAACUGCAGGAUGAAGAAGAUAAAAUGAAGCUGAUGCAGGAGAAAAUCUUCGGCCCUCUGGUGUGGCGCCGCUUUCAAAAUGGCAUCAAAGUGGAGGAUCUGCAGGAAAAUCGGUUCAAUGAUGCAGUGGAUUUAAUAAUGCAAUAUUACACUGCUGAGGACGUGCUGUUUCGCAACACCAAAAUAUCCGAAGACAAAAUCUCCCAGAACUCUUUUGCCGAUAGACUGAUUUUCAAGCUGAAAGAUCGGGCUUCGAUUAUUGCAAUUGAUGAAGUGUUUCUUUCAGAAAAUGAAAAUUGCGUGGCAGGUGUUUUGGUGCUGAAUCCCGUGCAAAAAUGCGACUUUGGCAGAGUCUACAGCAGGACAAUGUUGGUGGAAGGAAAGUCCUAUAAGAGCAUCACGGACUUUAUGAACUACAUCAAUCGUAAAGUUGAUGUGUUUGAGGUGCUUCAGUGCGAAAUUUAUCUUCGCUAUUAUCUGCUGUGCAUCGCACCAGAGUAUAGGGGUCGAGCUUUAGGCUACCAGAUGAUGCUUGCUGGACUGGACGUUGCGCGGCAUCUGAAAAUUCCUGUCGUUAUGGGCGUUUUCAACAAUUACAAAACGCAGACAAUCGGAAGGAAAAUUGGGAUUAAUCAGAUAUUGUACGAGUUCAGCUACGUAAAAUGGUCGGACAAGAACGGCGAACUAAUUUUUUGCAAUCCCGGACCUGGAAACUACACGUGCAAUAUCCAGGCGGGUCCAGUGCCUCCACCGCCUGAGCCCGGCCCAUCUCCAGAAGCCCAAAACGCGACGCCUCAAGUGAAAACCACCAGAGCCGAAAAGCGGAAAAACAAGUUGAAAGCUGAUGCAAAGCCGAAAUAAACUAUUUUGAGUU